AUGGCAUUCAUCGCUGCCGCCGCCAGCGCGGCCCGUUCGAUCGCCGGCGCCGGCGCCGGCGUAGCCGCUGCCCGUCACGUCGCUUCGGCCACCGGCCGCUUCAGUACCCGCUUUCCUCGGCGUGGGGUCGCGGCCGGCACCGCCCUCCCCGCUGCCCGGACACGCCCGCUGCCGUCGCACGCCGCCGCUGCCGCCGUGGCCACGCCACCACCAGCCACCCGCCUUCUUCGGCGCAGCCUGGCGACGACCCCCGACGACGACUACUACUACCACGGAUCCAUGAAUUACGUGCCCCUUUGCUGGGUUGACCCCGAAGCCCCAAUCGACCCAGCCACCUACUUCAACUACGGCGAGGAGCACCUCGCGUCGGAGGAGGCCAUGUGGGGGAUGUACGAGCGGUGGUGCGCCUUCCACGGCGUCGAGCGCGGCCGCGACGGCAUGCUCCGGCGGUUCGGGGGCUUCAAGGUCAAGGCGCGCAGCAUCCACGAGUUCAACAAGUCCGGCGCGUCCUACACCAAGCAGCUCACCAAGUGGGCGGAUCACACGGCGGAGGAGCGCGCGGAGUAUUUCCGUCGUCGCUUCCCGCCAUGGCAGGUAGCUGGAGAGGAUCUGGCAGAUGUUCGUCACUAA